UAUGACCUCCAUAGUAGUAACGGUUCUUCGGUUCAAAUAGAACCAAUAUAGAUAUCACUGAAAAACCAGAACCCCUUUUGAGUUCCUCCAUGGCCACAAACCAUUUUCCAACCUCAGAAACACCCUCUUGCAAAGCACACUGACUUACUGACUUACACUCUGCAAACCCUAAUGGCUUCUCUUCAACCUUCAUGGCUCGCUUCCCUCAACACCAUCUCUUCCACAACAAAACCCACUCUUUUCCCCUCCACAAACCUUAACAAGCCCCACCCUUUAAAACCAUUCAAACUCUCCUUCUCUCUGAACCCACCCAAUGCUGAAUCUUCACAACCCAACUCUCCAAAUUCGCCCGAAACAACGCCGGAAGCCGAGCCUGGGCCAACGGACCCUGUCAAGCUCGCACUGGAGAAUGCCAAGGCGUAUAAGAAGUCAGUGCAAAUGAACAAGAAAUUGAAAAUUGAGAAAAACUCAGUUAAGAAUGGUGAUGGGAUUGCUGGAAAUGGUGAGUCGGGCCCGGAUGGAGCUGGCGGUGGGAAGAAGGAAGUGCCUGCUGCGGUUAAGAUUGCAAUGGAGAAAGCUAAAGAGUAUAAGAAGAGUAAAGGCAUUGUGGGUGGUGACAUUAAUGCUGGGGAGAGUGACAAAAUUUCAGGUUUGGAGGAAAGUACUGGGGGAAACUUGGGGAAUGAGAUAGUAGACAAGAAGGGAAAAUUGUCAGUUUCAAGUAUUGAUUUUGUGGGACUUGGCUUUGCGGAUAAGAAGGAGGGUAGAGGACUGCCAGCUGGGUUGAUUCCAAUAGCAGACUAUUUUCCAGAAGGGAACUCACCUGACGUUGAGAUUAUAGUCGGGGACACUAGAAAUUUUGAUGCAGUGGCACGGAAGCCAGAGCAGACUCAAGGAGACAACUCAGAUCUUUACAAGCCAAAAGUUUCUUCAUGGGGUGUAUUUCCUAGACCGAACGACAUUUCAAAAACGUUUGGUGGUGGAAGAGUUAUACACCCUGGGGAAGUGCUGGAAACAGCUGAAGAAAAAGCUGCUAAAGAAGCACGCACAAGACAAUUAGUUGCUGAUUACAAGAGUAAAAUGGGCAUGAACAUUGAUCCAAAGCUAAGAUCUGAAUGUGAGAAGGCACUAAAGGAUGGUGACACAUUGAUGGAUGUUGGAGAGCUUAAGGAAGCAUUAAUCUACUAUGAGCAGGUUAUGGAUAAGUUACCAUUUAAGGUAAUGUUGCUGAACUGCUUGCUCAUAUAAAACAAUAAAUAAAUUUUGCUACGAACAUAUUUGGACAAUGGGUAUUUUUUACUAUGACGAAAUGAUACAUACCUCUCUGAUUUGCCGCAAUUUCAAUAAUUUACAUGCCAAUUAGUGUUCCUUGUAGGAGUAUUGUUGUAAAUUGUAAGACUCGAUAAGAUUGUAAGUUGACUGAUAUCGUUUAUGUUGUCAGCUUAUACCAUCGCAAACAAGUAUUUUAUUGGGAGAAGUAUUGAGGACUUGUCAUGCGUUGGUCCUUACUAACCCUGGUUAAGCAAAAUGAUUUACCAUGUCUUCAUAAUCUUUCACAGGCACAAUCUUUGGUUCAAAAUAUCUGAAUCCAAAAUUUUCAUUUCCUGAUAUCUAAUAUUAGUGACAGUGACAUAGCAAUUACUGUCAAUCAUACCCCGUUAAUACGUGACUGGAUUUAGAA